AUGUCAAUCGCAGUAAAGAAUAGCGAUGCCUUUGGCUUUUUGUCAGAGAAGAGUAGUGUAGACGAGAUCGAACGGUGGCAGAAUAGCCUUGAUGAAGAAAGGCUUAGAAAGAUAAAAAAGGCACUUGAUAUGGCAAAAGACACAAUACGUGACAGAGCGAAGCAAUAUGAGGCACGAGCAUUUAUCAUAUCUUUCCAUUUCCAUUUAACCAUUUGA